AUGUUUUUUUGGUUUGAUCGUGAUAAUCGCAGUACUAAACUUCCAAAAGUCCGACCUAAAUCGAAUAAUAAACAUUUAUCCAAUGGUAAUCAUCCAAAACAUGUUACAUUUUCUGAAAAAAAUCAAACUGUUUAUCCAAAAUAUUCACCAUUGCCAGCAAUCAAUUCAAAAUAUCCACACAAAAAGCUGGAAAGACAAAGAACGUAUGUAGUUACAAAUCCAGUAUUUGUAAAACCAAUAAAACCACCAAAACAACGGAAGAAACCAAUGACGUUCAAGGAUUUCAAAAAGAAUUUAAACAAAAAAAAUAAAACUAAUACCGAUGAAAGUGGAUUGAUUUGGGUCGAUUUAUAA